GCAAUCCGACCUGAUGGUGUCUUCAAGAUGGGAGAAACAGUUGAGGCCUUGACAUCAAACGAGGUACUGUCAUUCAAUCUCAGUCCAGGUAUACCCGGUGUUGAUGCAGGGGUGGCUCUGUCAGGAGAGCAUUCCCGAUCCAAAGAAAAGAAAUACUACACGACCAUCAUCGGUGUAAACCAGCCAGAUCCGGAUUUCGGAUAUCACACUGAGGCUCGCUUCAGACUGGAAGAGAACCCGUCGCAAAAAACAGGAGUUCCUUCUCAUGCCACCCUUGCCGUUCUACUGGAGCGGGAAGAUGACGAGGACUUCAUUAUGACACCCUACAUCGAAGUAAUGCCCAACUUUGGAUUGUCGACUCUGAUAUCCUCUCUGGCAUCCUCCCGAUCUUCAGAUGACCCAAUCAUGUUCAGUGUUAAGGAGACUUUGUCGGAGACUCCGUUCCGCGCGACUGAUGCACAGUGUUUUGGAGACAUCGAUGAUGAUUUCGAUGCCCACGCCACGGGAAUUGAGGCGCAUCAAGAUGAGGUUGAUCGCUGGUAUCAGCUUCCAAUGGAAGACAAGUGGGAAGACGUGAUGGGCCUUCUACAGAAUCGGGAGGUCCCCUGCCGAUGGGACACUCAUUGUGGCGAUUCAAGUGUUGCCAACUUCCUCGAAGGGUACAAGAAAGAAGGCCUCAAGAUCAAAGAUGACCGCGACGUAAGGUCUCCGACGGUACUACACAUGCUGGCAAGAAACUUUGAUAAGAAUGGGUUCGCACGCCUCGAUGAGCAAUCAAAGCAAAGAAUCAUCAACUUCCUCCUUGACCACCGAGAAACUGAAUACGAAAGUCAAGCAAGCCUCAAAAUCAAGAACCUCGAGGAUCCCAUAUUGAUCGUGGCAUUACGAUGGGAUAACAAGGACUUCAUCCAAUUUCUCCUUUCCCACUGUCCAGACAGUGUGAAAGACCUGCUCCAUGCGAGCGACGAGGAAAGAACAAACACCCUCCACCACAUCUUCAGAGAACACUUUCUGAAAGCAAUUCGGGACUACUCUAAUAAGACCACACCCAAGAAGAGACUAGACCUCAGAAAUACUUACAAACUAGCAAUGGCUUUCGCAAAGAUUGCAAGCGCCAAGACCAUAGCCGCACAGGACAAGCACGGAAACACGCCUCUCCAUUACGCGCUGGACUACAGACUCUGCCACAUACCCACUGACACUCAUCAAAAGUUGGUCUUCCAAAUGCUCGAGGCUGCGGACGAUUUCCUGCGCGAGAAUUCCCAUAAAGGCAACCAGUUCAACUACAUGGAAGACCCCGAGUCUCCCUACCUCUACUUCCUCCGCACGCAGAGGGAGUUUCUCAUGACACUGCCCAACAAAGCAUCCUCAGUUGUGGCGGCACGCAAACCGACAGUGCAAGAGGGAAUGCCAAGCAAGCUAAACUCCAAGACGUAUGUGUCAAAAGAUGGCGUCCCUCUGCCGGUCGCGAAAGCUGAUGAGCCUUCUCGUGGUGGUCUCGAGGCUUCGAAGGAAAUGAGGCUUCGAGGGGCAAUUGCAAGGGACUAUGUCGAGAAGGGGAAGACCACUCCAUUUGCUUCUGAUGAGCAAGCUCGCUCAGGGCAUGAGAAACAGCCUCCGAAGGAUAUGUUACCCGAGGCAAAGGAUUCCAGUCUUCUAGGCACUCGCAGUGUCCAUGCCCUCGUUAGACGCCCCACGUUUCGCACACAGAGCCCGGUGUCUUUCGCAGCCAAAGACUCGGAAAGUGAGGGUCAGUCGUCGACAGUCGAUAUCGUCUCCGCAGUUCAAAUGCCGCCACCGCCUUCACAGCCAAACGAUAUGAGUAAGCAGCAGGCGAAAGCACUCCACGUUGCGGGCACAAAGUCGAUCCAAAAGACUGCGCUGUCCUCCCAAGAUUACAAGCAUGCUGCAGAACAGAUCCGCCAUCGAUUGAAACUUCACUACAUACGUACACGGCCAGAUAUUGAUGCCAAAGACUUGCUUUAUGGAAAAGUUGCAUCAGACAAGAACCUGUAUUUCGAUGCAACACACUUGGAAGGCGGGAACCCCGCUGCCAUGGUGGGGCUUAUUAACAUGCUUUCUCAACCCGGUGGCUUUGAGGAUACUCUAUCUUACGUUUAUCUCCCAUGCCUGAGCUCGGAUGGAAGCAAAUUGACAAACUAUGGUUCGGCUUCGAGGCCACACGUUGCGAAUCAGGGACGGCAACGCUUGUCCAAGCCCGACAAUGAUCACAGCACAGGGCGUGACUCAUUGAUUGCGGUUUUUGACGCGCUGGCCACUGCUGGCGUUCGUAACAUCUUGCAUCUCCAGGUGGAUGAUAUGUACGACAACAGGUUGUACCAUACGGACGCCGCCAUUGAACGGUCGAUACGUGGUGUGGACAGCUUCUUCACCGAGGCCAAGAGAGCCGAGGGCGGCAUCGAUGUAGAGAUUUGGGACUGGAUUAAACCUGAUUUGAGCAUAGACGUCAUUCGUUUUGCAGCACCAAACGCCGUGAAGCUUAACCUAUACUGGAGUGGGAACCAGACCGUGCUACGAGGCUGGGCACGCAAAAAGGGGAUCCCCAGCCUAUAUCUCGAUAAUGGAAAGAAGUUGAGAACUCUAGUUCUACAUGCGUCGCCCGUGAGUUCCCUCUCGGCCCGAUUUCAAGGGGCGGCGUCAGCCCUAUUACCACCCAACUGGUUUGAACAAUCAUAUAACGGCGUCAUACAGGGCAUAGAGAGCGCCAAGAGGAUGGGCAAGGCUCUCGAUCAGUUCAAGAAUGAGAUCGAUAAUCGCACGGCGGGUGGAGUCGAAGUCGUCAUCCGUGAUUGGGCUGGAAACAGAGCCGCUGGGCCACGAGCCGACGGCCAGCUUAGAGAAUCCACACCCGGGCAAUCUCAGAGCCCGCCCGAUCAUGAUUGGGUCAAGUCAAUGGAAAGCUUCAGGAGAUCGCUCUUGUCCGUCCACGGAAAUAUGCCACAAGAGAUCCGGCCCCAGAGAAUCAAGGUAGCGCUGAUCGACGACGGUGUUCACCUUACCAGUCUGAAUACUUAUAACGAGUCCGUUCAAGUUACCGGACUAAGUUACUGGACACCUACAUUUACUGCUGAGGGCACCUUCAUAGGACAAUCCUGGCACCAGUCUACGCGUGGUCAUGGGACUACCAUGGCCAAUAUGCUGGUGCGUGUGAACCCCUGGGUAAUUCUCUACGUCAUCCGAAUUCAGGACCUGGACGACAAUAGUCUGAACGGUGACGGAACCGUGAAGAUGCACGCAGAAAGUGCGGCCAAGGCGAUUCGGGCUGCCAUCAUCCGCGAUGUUGACAUCAUUACGAUGUCAUGGACUGUUCGCAACGUUCUUGAUGGAGACACCAGCACCAAGGCCCCUAAUAGUGGGUCCUCAGUAUCGACGGCACUCGCAGCCGGCCUGGCGUCGCUUGUCAUGUACUUGCCAAGACUACUGCAGGCGUACCAUGAACACGCAGUCGGGAAGGACUCUGACGCCGCCUUGAAGUAUGCCACUUACGCGGGCAAGCUGCGGAUGAGAGAAAACAUGAGGAGGGCAUUUGAGAACAUCACGGAUCAGAGCCACGAGGACAAAAAGUUCCUGCCACUUCCCGUGGCGGCAAUGACGGACAACCAAAACACAUCCACCAGAGAGGAGUAG